CAGAGAGAAAGACAAAAACGAGUGCAUGUUUACACAGUGUCUGUUCAGUCGGGUUUAGGAAAUCAAAAUUAGGCCUCAGUGCCUGCAGGACUUGAGGUGAGCCUAUAAAACAGACACUUUGAGUUAAAUUUUCCUUGUUUUAGGAUUUCUGAUGAGGAUAAUCUCUAGUUAGGUAACACCAAACGAUUUAUAAGCCUUGGUCCUUUUUCCGUGGAUUAUUCUUUAAUUCAAUUAAAAUAACAAUAAACAAAGGAUUUUAUCCAUUGUCCAUCUUUAAGUAAUCUCAUUUAAAUCAGAAUGUGAUGGCUUGCAGGACUUGGUUCACAACAAUAGCGAGAGCAGCCCAUUAUUUGCUCUGUAAUCCUUAGGAAGUUUCUAUCUAGGUUCAGAUUGAUUAUUUGAAACUAAGCACAGAAAUGUAAAGCCUUUUCAACCUUUCUUUAGGGCUUUGGAUCAGUUUUCCAGAAGCAGAAGUCACCCUAAUUACAUCUUCAUAUCAUUGCAGUUCACCUGCACACCAUCACCACUGAGAGCCAGCAGCCCUCACAAGGCACGGUGCAGUCAUGGCUGUGCUGUGCUCAUGCCUUUCAGCUUGAAACUCUUUUUGUAGUGAAUGCUGUUCUGAAGGUGCACCCAUAAAUCUCACCCACAGGCAGCUAAAAACUCCUUGUCUAGCAUUUCAGGUAAGGUCAGGGCCACUGUGCUCCACUCUUCUCCUUCAAAAGCUCCAGACUAAUGACAACUAGUACAGCUUUAAUACUGUGUCUCCCCUCUAUGCCAAAAAUCCCUUGAGAGAUGGCACACCAAAGUCCUGCUAUGGAUGGGGAGAACGAGGUUCUCAACAAGAGGAGAUACCAAAUCAUCUGUGAGCAGCCCCACAGGACUGGGUCCCACAAGCAAGGUCAGUGAGAUCCUCUGUGUUUUGUGACUCAAGACAGAUAUCAGAGUAGUUCAACAACACAUGAAACUGGGUAGAUGCACACAUGCCCAAAGUUGAGGCUGUGCCAGUUUAUACUGUAAGAGUGUUUACAGCCACGUUUUUACACAGGCAUGUAAAAUAGCAGUAGCAUACCCAAGUGCUGUUUUCCGUGCGGGUCACUAAAAGCUGAUACAAACAGGAUGUAAUGGGUCACUAGAAAAUCCUACCAGCUGACCAAGACUUUCGUAGGCAACCUCAUGACUGAUGGUCAUAUGAAAAGCAAAUUUGUUUCAGUUUUCUGUGCAAUGGUAAAUUUUACACAAUCUAUAAUGUAAUAUUUAAUGUAUAUUACAUAGUCUUAUAUGCAUGUAGUAUUAUGUACUAUAAUUAUGUAGUAUUUUGUACUAUAAUUAUGUAGUAUAAUGCUUAGGCUUAUGGAAGAGCCUACCUAAACUCAGAUAACAUGCCUAUGAACUUUCAGAAAAAAUAAGUGAAAAACCCAACCCCAAAGGUGAUCUGUUGCCAUUACUUUGUCCACUUGCAUGGCAUAAAAGUUUGACAUUGUCAAUAAGCCAUUUAAGACAAGCAUCUAAUUCCUAUAAAUACUUUUUAACUGAAUUCUAGAAGGCAGUUGUGGCUUCACCUCUGCAGAAAUUCUACAUUUUCCUAAUUAACUUUUAAAACAAAAAUUUAGUACCUUCAGCAGGUUUCUCUUCACUUGGUUUCAAGAUCUGUGAAAAGCCACCAUAGAAAAACUUUUUAAAAAUCAAAUUGCAGCAGCAAUACAGUCCCAUCUAGGGGAAGAGAACUGCUUUUCUAUAACUCUUUUUUUUUUCCCCUCCUACACUGGACAAUACUGGCGGGUUGAGAUUUAACCAGAGAUGGGCUCCUUUUACAAGAUUGCUUAUAUAAAGCGAAGAUAAUGCCAGCUGGGUUCAUUUGAAAGAGGACAUCUUGGGAAGAGCUGACAGCACAGCUAUUGGAAUAAGACCGGAAUGAAAAUCUGAAAUACUUAUCCCCUUCCUGUCCUAUCAUUGCAAGAAAUGCUGACUCUUACUGUGUAUCUGCUGGUCAUCUUGGCUCGAGCUCUUGGGGGGCCUUGCAGUCCAAAUAAAGCAGAUGUAAUUCUGGUAUACUGCUAUCCUAAAACCAUCAUUACCAGAAUUCCAGAGUGCCCUUAUGGAUGGGAGGUUAAUCAACUGGCACUUGGAGGCAUUUGCUAUAAUGGGAUCCAUGAUUCAGGAUACUACCAAUUCACAAUUCCAGACCUGUCACCUAAAAACAGAUCAUACUGUGGGACACAGUCAGAGUUCAAGAAUCCCAUUUACCACUUCUACAACUCCAUCGUCUCCAAUGACUCCUCGGUAAUUGUGAAGAGCCAGCCUGUGAAUUACUCGUUCACCUGCUCAUACAAUGCCAACUAUCUGGUGAACCAGGCUGCCUUUGACCAAAGGGUGGCCACUGUCCAUGUGAAGAAUGGGAGCUCUGGCUCAUUUGAAAGUCAGCUGUCCCUCAACUUCUACUCUAAUGCCAAGUUUUCAAGUAUAAAGGAAGCCCCUUUCGUUGUUGAAACAUCGGAAAUCGGUUCUGACAUAUUUGCUGGAGUGGAAGCCAAGGGCUUAAGCGACAGGUUCAAAGUUGUUCUCAACAACUGCUGGGCAACUCCCUCCUCAGAGUACUUCUACCAGAUCCACUGGCCUCUGAUCACCAAGGGGUGUCCCACAGACUACUCCAUCAUUGUGCACGAGAAUGGGAAAACAAACCGGGCGACCUUCCAGUUCAAUGCUUUCCGCUUCCAAAACAUCCCCAAGCUGUCCAAGGUGUGGCUACACUGCGAGACGCACGUCUGCGACAGCGAGAAGUUCUCAUGCCCAGUGAUAUGUGAUAGACGAAAACAGCGCAUGGAACAAACCGGAGGUGUUUUAGUGGCAGAGAUCUCUGUACGCAGCAAAGGUUUAUCCAGAUUUUACACACUCUCAGAUAUCAUCUUCCACCUACUCUUUGUGAUUGGAUUUUGUGCUGUUUUACUAUAAAAUGCAGCCCAACUGUGUUUCUUAACUUCCCCCAAUCCUGUUUGGACCUGGACUUCUUUACUAAAGACGUUUAUUUUACAGAAGAAAAAUGAAAGCCACAAAAAAAUCCUUGUGCAUCAUUUUACCUGAUAAAUAAAACAUUCCAUGAGC